AUGGAGAGAGCCAGCCUGAUCCAGAAGGCCAAGUUGGCAGAGCAGGCCGAGCGCUAUGAGGACAUGGCAGCCUUCAUGAAGGGCACAGUGGAGAAGGGUGAGGAGCUGUCCUGCGAAGAGCGCAACCUCCUCUCGGUGGCCUACAAGAACGUGGUGGGCGGCCAGAGGGCUGCCUGGAGGGUCCUGUCCAGCAUCGAGCAGAAAAGCAACGAGGAGGCCUCAGAAGAGAAAGGUCCCGAGGUGCGAGAAUACCGGGAGAAGGUAGAGGGCGAGCUCCAGGGUGUGUGUGACACUGUGCUGGGCCUGCUGGACAACCACCUCAUCAAGGAGUCCGGUGACGCCGAGAGCCGGGUCUUCUACCUGAAGAUGAAAGGUGAUUACUAUCGCUACCUGGCCGAGGUGGCCACCGGGGAUGACAAGAAGCGUACUAUCGACUCAGCCCGGGCAGCCUACCAAGAAGCCAUGGACAUCAGCAAGAAGGAGAUGCCACCCACCAACCCCAUCCGCCUGGGCCUGGCACUGAACUUUUCUGUCUUCCACUAUGAGAUUGCCAAUAGCCCGGAGGAGGCCAUCUCACUGGCCAAGACCACCUUCGAUGAGGCCAUGGCUGAUCUGCACACGCUCAGCGAGGACUCCUACAAAGACAGCACCCUCAUCAUGCAGCUGCUGCGAGACAAUCUGACGCUGUGGACCGCCGAUAACGCCGGGGAAGAAGGGGGCGAGGCUCCUGAGGAACCCCAGAGCUGA